AUGCAAACUUGGUUGGUAUUCGCGUGUGUGCUGGGAGCAGCUAUUGGCCAAGAGCCUUUUACAUUGGAGGAAUUCGUAAGAGGCCGCUUCAGUCAACGUGGAUUCAACGGCACCUGGAUAUCCGACAAUGAGUUUACUUACACGAUAUCCGGUGAACCUGGAAUCUACAUGUACAAUGCUGAAACACGCAACUCAACUGUACUCGUUUCUGGGGAAUUAUUGGGUUUUCUAAACACAAGCAGGCCUAUUCUUUCAGCGGAUAGGCGAUUUAUAUUGGCACCAAGUGAAGUCCAGCAGGUUUACAGAUAUUCAACAACGGCAAAAUUUGCCCUUUACGAAAUUGCAACUACCAAUGUGACAAACAUAGCCAACCAUGCCCGAUUGCAGCUCUGCAUUUUUGGUAGCGGACACUCGCUAGCUUAUGUGUUGGACAAUAAUGUAUAUUACUUACCUGAGAACAGUACUUCAGCAAUACAACUGACAUCAGAUGGAAUUCCUGGUGUUAUUUAUAAUGGUCACACAGAUUGGGUUUAUGAAGAGGAUGUUAUGUAUACCGGAGUUGCUACCUGGUUUUCCACUCAGGGAACUUACCUCGCUUUUGCCAGCUACAAUGACACUUUGGUGGAGACCUAUUCUUACUAUCACUUCGUGGAUAAAAGUGAUCCCGAUGAUGUCUACCCGGAACUAAUUGAUCUGAAAUAUCCAAAGGUUGGCCGGACCAAUCCAACAGUAAAACUUCGAGUAGUGGACUUGAGAACAGUUGCCACUAAUUUGACCUACAUCACCCUCGACGCUCCAGAGGAAGUUACCAGUGACCAUAUUCUGGGUGGAGUAACUUGGACAACAGAUACAGAAAUAGCUGUUCACUGGCUUAAUCGAAGACAAAACUAUACGGUCCUUAGAAUCUGUAAUUUACUGACAAACCGAUGCAUAGACGAGAAUCGAUCACAGUCUAACGGUUGGGUGCCCAUUGCUUUACCAAGGUUCAGUGAAAAUGGUGAUUUUUUUGUGUCAACUAGAUGGUCGUUGAGGCAGGCCGACGGAAAUAUUUGGCAGCAUUUGUAUUUAAGUGUGAGGGUCAAUGAUGAAAUAAUUUCAACUUCCAUCACUCCCGGGGCACACACUGUUAACAAUUUCAUUGGGAUGGAUGAAGCUAAUGUGGCUUACUAUUACACUCGUACGGUCACUAAUGCCCCAUGGCAGACUCAAGUGCACGUUGCGGGCGCUAGGGUGGGUUGUCUGAGUUGUCAACUCCAGAUGCCUGAUGGAGGACCCUGUGCUUGGGUCACCUCAACAGCUAGUCAUAACGCUAGAUAUUUAUCCAUCACCUGCCAGUCACCUGAAGAACCGUCUGCUACUUUCAUCGUCAAUCCUCUGAAUAUGUCAGAAAGGUUCAUCUGGGAGGAUAAUCAAAUUGUCCGUGAGCGUCUUGUAAACAAAACUAGACCUAUUACCCUCAACACGACAGUGCCUUUGGAAAAUGGACAUCCAGCGCCUGUUAAACUGUUCUUGCCGCCCGGACUCAAUAUAUCCGACACAAGCGUGAAGUACCCCAUGGUAUUCUACGUGUACUCAGGACCCAAUACUAAUGUGGUUUUCGAUACCUUCACUGUUGGUUACCACUCCUACCUGACAACAAGUCGUAACACUAUCUACAUGAUGGCUGAUCGACGUGGGGCUGGACUUCACGGCCAAGACAUGCUCUACUCCUUGAACAACGCUCUUGGUACAGUCGAGAUCGAAGAUCACUUCGUGGUACUGAGACAAGUUCUGGAGUUAUACAAAUUCAUAGACCCAGAGAGAGUCGCUAUUUGGGGCCACAGCUAUGGUGGUUACGCGACUUUACUCACCUUGGUUCAUGAUGACGAGAAUAUGUUCCAAUGUGGAGUCUCAACUGCACCUGUCACCUCCUGGCUUUAUUAUAAUUCUAUGUAUACCGAGAGGUAUAUGGGUUCGCCGACGGUUGAAGAUAAUUUGGCGGGAUACCAAGCUGGUGACGUCACUUUGCUAGCUGAGAAACUCCGCGGGAAGAAGCUAUACUUGAUGCAUGGAAACGCUGAUGACAAUGUACACUAUCAGAACGCUGCCAAGUUGAUGAGAGCGUUGCAGCAACGCAAUAUACCUUUUGAUCAAAUGUCCUAUCCCGAUGAAGCCCACAGCUUAUCGAACGUCAACAUGCACAGAUACGGAACAAUGAACAAAUAUUGGGAGCAGUGUAUACAAAUGCCAGCUGAGAGAUCCUAG